AUGGCGAUCCUCGACACAUUGGCAGCGCCCGCUUCCGCAAUUCUCAGCGCACUCACAACCCAAGCCUGGCAACCACUGGUGACACUAUGCAAGAAUGGCACACUUUCCCAGCUUCAGAACAUACAAAUUGGAAGGCUGGUGUUGUUUGAAGGCGUUGACAGCAAGGCUUCGAACGUCUUUGGUGCUGACAAGGAAGGCGUCCCAGUUGCAUAUCUGCAUGUACACGACGACAAGUUCUGGGUCCGCUUGGCGCUCUUUGCUGACAUGGGCUUCGCCGAAAGUUACAUGCUUGGAGAGGUCAGCUCGCCUGAUCUGACCAAGUUCUUUGAGGUUUUUAUCAUCAACCGAAACCACCUUGGCAAUGGCUCCAACGUCACCGCAGCCAUCUCCGCAGGGCUAGCAGGUUUAGUCCGUGGCAGCAACAACCUCAAGAAUGCGAAAUUGAACAUCAUGGCACAUUACGACAUCUCCAACGAGAUGUUCGGCGCGUUCCUCUCCCCGGACAUGACGUACUCGAGCCCCAUCUGGCUACCGAAAUCGAACCCACAAUCUGCAGGCGAGAGCCUGUACGAUGCACAAAUGCGUAAGCUCGAUCGAUUCAUCGACAAUACUCAUAUCAAGGGAACAGACCAUGUACUGGAGAUUGGCACAGGAUGGGGCAGCUUCGCCAUGCGAGCCGUGCAGCGAACAGGCUGUAGAGUGACAUCCUUGACUCUGUCCAUUGAGCAGAAAGAAUUGGCGGAAGAGCGGAUACGCGAGGCUGGAAUGACAGACAGGAUCACAGUGCUGCUGUGCGACUACCGAAGUCUGGAAGUACCAGAGACGGGGGCUUUCGACAAGGUUGUGUCGAUUGAGAUGUUGGAGGCAGUCGGCCAGGCUUACCUGAAGACGUACUUCCAAUGUGUGGACAAGCUGCUCAAGAAGGAAGGCGGUGUCGCAUGCUUCCAAUGCAUCACCAUGCCCGAUGGACGGUACGAAGCCUACGCGAAAUCAGACGACUUUAUUCGCCGCUACAUCUUUCCCGGCGGACACCUUCCCGCGGUCUCUGAGCUCGUCUCAUCGAUACAGAGCGCAUCCCGUGGCUCGCUCGUCGUCGACAGCAUCGAGAACAUUGGGCCGCACUACUCGAAAGCGCUUCGCUUGUGGAGAGAAGAGUUCCUGAACAACUGGGACAGCAGGAUCAAACCGCAGCUGAUCAAAGAGAAGCAGGCUGAAGGCAUGGAUGACGAGAGCGCAGAGAUCUUCAAGAGGAAGUGGGACUACUACUUCAGGUACUCCGAAGCUGGCUUCUCGACAAAAACGCUUGGAGACGUGAUCAUCACAGUCGGGAGAGAAGGUGCCCUGCAGAUGAUGGAAGACGUGCCGUUGUAG